AUGUCGGAUGAGGAAGAUGGCAAUGCCAAUUACGAUGAUUUCAUGAUGUCUGACGAGGAGGUGGAUAUCGUCGAGAUGGAGGAGGAAACCGAUGAAGAGGAUGGUUGUUUCACAGGAGAGUCCGAGUUCAACGUCGAGGCCAGUACGAACGAAAUACUAGGAGCUCUCGAUGAGCGGGAACUUGAGAGAUUGUGUGAUGAAGCCUUAUCUUUUAUGGAAGAUCAAGAUUUUAAGCGAUCAAGAGACCUCUUGCAGGAGGUGCAGCACAACACCGACAAGCACAAGACCGAAUUAACAGCGAUCGUUUGGAGAUGGAGAUUACUUUCGCAGAUUGCGAGAUCCUGGUUGUUCGAGAUACACUAUAAUGGUAUCGACGACAGAACUUUCCGGGGCACUCUCGAUGCCUUCCGUGCAUUGGUCGAUCAUCUAGAUCGGACUGAGCUUCUAAAUGGUGAUCUUGUGAGAAGAACAUUGACGGACCUUCUUCAUGAGUUGUGCCCUUCGUCGAAAAGAGAUUUCCUAUUCGCUGUAGAACUCAUUGCCGAUGAUUCGAUGGCCUGGAAAAUGCAGCUGCGAUUGCAGUGCAUAGCCCUCUUGCAAGCAUCCCCCAGAUUAGGAGAAGCAACAUUGACAGAUGAAGUUAGGGAUACCAUAGAGCUCAAGAGAAUAACAGCAAAAGUCUGGAGCGACAGGCUUGACAAGGGACAUAUUGAUUUACGUGAUAUUCAAAAAAUUCAAGAAUCUUGCUGUGAAACUAGUAUUGAGGAAGCGACGAACGACCAGCACUACGCCGAUAAGAUUGGCCUGGUUCUUCAAUGCCACAUCUUCAAUUACCUGAGUGGCCAUGGAGACCUUCCGAGAGAUCUCUUUUCGAGGCUCAUAGAACAGUUGGAGCUCUUCUCGUCUAACUCAUUGUCGGUUUCGCAGCACUUGGGCCUGAUGAUCCAGCUAAGCACAGUGAGGGCGCUGGUUAUGCUUUCGGGCCUCGGCAGGGAUGAGAGCCGUAUCGAGCUGCCUCUGUUCUACAGAGAUAUAAGGGCUUUGAGGGAGCAAUUCUGGAGCUGUCUGCAGCAGAUGGAAGAGAUAGGCGGGUCUCGGCAGAAUUUUUCCUCUCUGUUUGAACAAUUCAUUCUAUCAGGGUUCAUCUUUUGCAGUAUGAUCCUACACAGGAGAAUGCACGACCAGAUCAAUCCAUUUGACUUGGAACAACUGAAGGUGGCCUUGGAGGCUCCAAGCAUCCGGUUGCUCCGGACCAUCUACCACAACUUCCUGCAAUUGGACUUGCGGAAAUUGCAUGAAGCUAUCCAGCAGCUGUCUGGAGUGAGAGAGCUCCUUAAGCGACUAAUCGACAACAUAUAUUAUCUGGGACAGCUGGCGAAGCUAUGGGAGCAGAUAGCUCCGGUUUACUCGUGCAUCUCUCUCAAGGAUAUUCAAAAUAUGCUUGAGAUUGAUGCAACCCUCAGGGUAUCAAGAGAUGAGCUGCUCACGGUGCUGAUGACAUCCAUUCUCAACAACACAGCAAAAAUAUACUACAAGCUAGACCUAACGCGCGACUUGGUGUAUUUUGGAGACGAAUACAGAGUACAGCUUUGCUCGCAUCCCAAGAAGAGCUUUGUGAAUAAAACAGUCGUCACGGAAUCCGGAGUGAAACUGUCCCAUCUAGAGAUCGCCAACAACAUCGGCGUAUUCGACCAGCCUUGCAGUCUGAAGGGUCUAGACUCUUGCGCGUUUUUCGACAAAAUACAACGCUCUAGAGAUCACAUUCAAGCUGCAGAACGCCAAGAUCACAGUAAACUACACGUUUCUGGAGCGCGAUGCAGCGAGAAAUACGAGGAGCUGGCGAGCUUGGCUACUGAGCUCUUGACUUUCAGUGACAUUAAGUGA